UUUUAGUAAAAAAACAAAUAAUAUUAGUCUAUAUAAAAAGGAAGUGGUGAGUGCGGCCUCUCCUCCGUUCUUCCCCACUUGCAAAACCCUCUGUUUCUGAAACAGAGCCAUGAAUAUCUCAUACAGCUUGAGAGCCGAAAGCAGCGUCUUGGCCGGAGGUGGGUGGAGGCUAAAUGGGUCCCACCGCAACAGAGGAGUGGUGCUGUGCUCUUCUACAGCAAAGCCACCGGUAGCGCAAAUAAACAAAGAAAAGGUGAAUCGAAUAGGGGCACUGAGUCAAGUGUCUGGCGUCUUGGGUUGUCAAUGGGGCGAUGAAGGUAAGGGCAAGCUUGUUGAUAUUCUUGCCAAUCAUUUCGAUAUCGUUGCUCGUUGUCAGGGUGGUGCUAACGCUGGACACACUAUCUAUAAUGCUGAGGGCAAGAAGUUUGCCCUACACCUCGUUCCAUCAGGAAUUCUUAACGAAGAUACUAUGUGUGUUGUGGGUAACGGAGUUGUGGUUCAUCUACCGGGAAUUUUCAAGGAAAUUGAUGGUUUGGAAGCUAAUGGGGUUUCCUGCAAAGGAAGGAUUCUGAUAUCUGACCGAGCUCAUCUGUUGUUCGAUUUUCAUCAAGUAGUUGAUGGCCUCAGGGAAGUGGAAUUAGCUAAAUCCUUUAUUGGUACUACCAAGAGAGGCAUUGGUCCUUGUUACUCGAGCAAGGUUAUCCGCAAUGGGAUAAGAGUAGGCGACUUGAGGCACAUGGACACAUUUCCUCAGAAAUUAGAUCUUUUGUUUGCAGAUGCAGCUGCAAGAUUUGAAGGUUUUAAGUAUACCCCUGACAUGCUUAAGGAAGAAGUUGAAAGGUAUAAGAGAUAUGCAGAAAGGUUGGAGCCAUACAUAACUGACACGGUACAUUUCAUCAACAAAUCAAUCUUACAAAACAAGAAGAUUUUGGUAGAAGGUGGUCAGGCAACCAUGUUGGAUAUUGACUUUGGGACCUACCCUUUCGUUACCUCCUCUAGUCCAUCAGCUGGUGGAAUCUGCACUGGACUUGGUGUUGCACCUAGGGUCCUUGGUGAUAUUGUCGGAGUGGUCAAAGCUUACACUACAAGAGUCGGAUCUGGUCCUUUCCCAACAGAAAUAUCGGGUAAAGGGGGAGAUCUUCUUAGGUUUGCUGGACAAGAGUUUGGCACAACAACUGGUCGUCCUCGUCGUUGUGGAUGGCUUGAUAUAGUUGCGCUUAAAUACUGCUGUCAAAUUAAUGGCUUCUCUUCCCUGAAUCUUACCAAACUUGAUGUCUUGUCGGAUCUCUCUGAAAUUGAACUGGGAGUUGCAUAUAAUUAUGUUGAUGGAACUCCAAUUGAAUCAUUCCCAGGAGAUCUACGCGUUCUUGAGCAAUCAAAGGUUCAAUAUGAAAAGAUGCCUGGCUGGCAAACCGAUAUUUCUUCUGUCAGAAACUACUCUGACCUGCCAAAGGCUGCACGAAAUUAUGUAGAGAGGAUAGAAGAGCUUGUUGGUGUACCUAUUCAUUACAUAGGUAUAGGGCCUGGACGUGAUGCCCUUAUAUACAAAUGAGACCAAUUUCUUCUGACUUGAUUUUCGUGAAGAGAUUAAGGUGGCUGUAGUUCCCAUCUUUAAUAUAAUUAUUCUUCUGAAGUAACAGAAAUUAUCAAGUUGAUGACAUGAAACUAAUGUAUGAAAUACAGCCUCCACAUGCAAAAGCUGCUUUGGAGUUUUUUUGUAAUUCAAUUCAUGUAAACAACUUUCAUGAGCUUCUGAUAGUUGUUUGUAAGUUACCAGUUGUUGAUUUGCUCGACCUUGUGCCCUGCCUAUAAUGCUUUAUCAGCAGCGACAACCUUUCAAGGCAUGUUUGUAUUUCACGAGCAGGUGUAGGAAGGCAGUACUAGUUGCUGAUUUUGUACUUGAGUUGAUGAACCUUGGCUUUGAAUAAAUUAUUCUCAAUCCUGAGUGCCAUAUUUCCAAUGUUAAA